GCGUCACUGGCGGCGCGCGCGGCGCGGCCCGGCCCGGCGGCGGCGCGAUGAACAGCGUGGGCGAGGCGUGCACCGAGCUGAAGCGCGAGUACGACCAGUGCUUCAACCGCUGGUUCGCGGAGAAGUUCCUCAAGGGCGACAGCGCCGGCGACCCCUGCGGGCAGCUCUUCAAGCGCUACCAGCUUUGCGUGCAGAAAGCAAUCAAGGAAAAGGACAUACCCAUUGAGGGCCUGGAGUUCAUGGGCCCAAAUAAAGGAAAAACUGAAAACUCCUCUUGAUGUUGGCUGGAUGGGUGGAGUCACCAACAGGAACCUCUGGACUAAGCACCAUCACCGGGUGUGCCACAGGUGCCACCUGGAGAAGACCUUUGUUAACAGCUGUCUAGGAAGUGACAAAUGUUCUCUGCUUGUGAAAACAAACAGCUAAAAGAAAAGAAAAGAAAAAAAUCCUGUGCUAACUGCUGCCUCCUUGCCAGUGAAUCUUGGUGGUGGUUCAGCAUCUGAUGGCUUAAAAAUCCAUGUGAGCUGACUUCUAACUGAAUGUACUCUGUGCUGGGGGAAUGCUGGUUGGAGUGGGCUGGGAUGGGUUCUUGGUGACUGAUGUCUCUUGGUUAUUUAUCCAGCACUUGAAAGUGUUUAAAAAGAAUGUGAAGGGGUGGAUGUACUUUCUGUCAUCUCUAUGCUGCUGAGUUUUGGUGAUGAAAUUCGUUUCAUGUAAUCCUAAAUGCUGAAGGGCUUAAGCACUGUUUUGUAUCAGCCACAGAGCUGGUUUAAGAGCACUACUGGACCUGCAGCAGCUUGGCCAAAAUAAAUACAACCAGGUUCUAUUUUGUUCAAGUAGG